GUCGCGGCGCCAUGGCGGAGGGGCGGAGCGUUGUGCGGAGGGUGCUGGAGCUGCAGGAGCGGCUGGGCUGCGCGCAGCAGCCGGCCGAGAUUAUAAAAACACUUACGGUACUACAGGAUUUGGAUAUAUCACUGGAUAUUCUAGUGGAAACUGGCAUUGGCAAAACGGUUAACAGUUUUAGGAAACAUGCCACUGCUGGAAAUGUAGCUAAAACCCUGGUAAAACAAUGGAAAAAACUUAAUCUUCCGGAAAAUAAAAGUGGUCACAGAGGAAGAAAACAAAAUACUGAAAAAGAAAAAGAUGAGACAAACCCUUCCAUUUCCAAGGAGAUUAAGCCUUCAGAGAAGUCCAAAGCAUCUGUACUGGCCUCCAGAAGUUCCAGUAGCGCUCCCAUUUCUAAAAAGUUGAAUAAGCAGCAUACCUGUAGUGAAAAGACCCACCAAAGCAGAGAUUCUGAGUCUCAAAAAGAAUGUGAUAGUAAAGAACAUAGCAGCAGUGGCUCUAAGCAUGCUUCCCAGGGUACCAAUCCUCAAGCUAAAGAAAGUGACUUCAAGGAGGGAACCUCCACAGGCAGCAAGAAAGUUUCAGAAAGGCAGUGUUCCUCUGUAGCCAGUAAAGACUUACCACCCCUGAAGGAAAAGCCUAGUAAGGAUGCUUCCAAACAGAGAGAUCCUAAGUGUGUGAAGAAACCAAAACAAAAACCUGUCAUAAAAAGCAAAGGCGAAUUACCUAGUGAUGAGGAAUUUGAGCCCCCUACUAUGUCUUUUGAAUCUUAUCUUAGUUAUGAUCAGGUUACCAGAAAAAGAAAGAGGAAGGGUUGUUCUACAGGUAAACGGCCAAAGAAGUGCACUGAACAGGAGGGCAGCUCAUUACCACAGAAGACUUCAACAUUUUCUCAUGCAAAAGAGGGAGAGGAAAAUUUAGAAAAAUGUGAGGGUGAUCAAUCAGAAACUCCCAAUAAAAAGGCCAAGGUGGCAUCCCUCCAAGAUCUUCUUAAUACUCCACUGCCUAAAUUUCUGACAGGCAUCUCAUCUCCCCCAUAUGCUGCAGACUUUAAAGCUUCCCCAGCACCUGUUGUAGAAGUACCCCAGCAAGUCAGUGAGACAGUUCAGUUCACAGGACGGAGACUGAACUCUAAAAUGCAAGUUUACUCUGGCUCCAAAGCAGUCUGUCUUUCAAAGAUGCUUACGCUGUAUGAACAGUGCAUCCGUGUGCUUCAAAAUAAUAUUGAUUUGCUACAUGAAGUAGGAAGUGUGCCCUUUGAAAUUCUUGAGCCUGUGCUAACACGUUGCACACCAGAGCAGUUGUUUCGAAUAGAGGAAUGUAAUCCGACUUUUACAGAAGAGUCUGACCACUUGUGGAAGAAACAUUGCCAGAGAAAUUUUAAAAAUGAGAGUCUCCUGGAAUAUGAGUCUUGGCGUGAAAUGUACUUGAGACUAUUUAAUCAGAGAGAAGAAAAACUGAAGACGCUUACAAAAAAUAUUCUUUCAGCUCAGUCUGAGAAACCAAAAGGCAGGCAAGUAAAAAUGGCUUAUCUGACUAGUGCAGCAAAACCACCAAGGAACAUUCGCCGACAGCAACAAAUCCAUGGGACAGCAGGACCUGUCACCCAACUUCAUCCCAUAGAGAAGCACAACUAGUGGCUAGAGACUAACUUGCCUUUUAAGUCUUGUGUGCUCUCUGCUGUGUAUGCAUUGUCAUCACAUGUUUCUCCAAAGUGCCAGUGAAGAAUUCGCCCUUCCAGCUGGAGAGUGAGUGGAUGCUGUUGUUUUUCUCCAGAUUACACUAAUGCUGCUUGACAUCCUGGGGAGAUUCCAGUGUUGAUGUUUUGUGUUUAUAAACCUUCCUAGUAGCUUCACAUGUUCUCCUGCUUUCAUAAAAUCCCAGUCAGCUGUCUGGAGUGAUAUAGCUCACCAGAGUAAAUUUCAGCAACUUCUAAUACUCUUGAUGGUGGGUUUCUGCUUUGGCAGCUUAAAGGAGUGUCUGGAACAGUCAGGCUGUAGCAGUAGCCAACACUAAUCACUGGAGGAACAGAAAACUGGGAUUCCACAAAUGUUUUCUUUGUGUAGCACAAAGCCAAAUUUUCUUUGUGACAUCUUAGUUCGGAGUAGUUCAACAGCCAUGAGAGCCAAAGCUGUGGUGUUUGUCCUACUGUUCCUGCCAGCCUAAUGAACUCUCUUGUAUCCAAGAGGAUGGCUGCAACAGGGAGAUAAACCAGCUGUAGCACCAGCUUCUGCCUCUUCCCUUCUCAACUAUGUGGAGACAGACUGCUGUUUUUUACUGUUUCAAUAUCUGUUCUUGGCUGAAAGAAAAAUCAGCAGUUUGAUUUAGAAGCACUCCAUGGGUUAAUGGGUCCAUGUGCCAGCAGUUAAACCAUAAAAGCUAUGGAAAGUAUUCAUACUGCCUGAGCGUGGGUAUCUUAAGCUGUGGUCACUCGCUCUGCUGUGGCUGCUGGUGAGCAUGGUGCCCUCCCUUUUCCCCAUUCCCUGUGGUUGUUCCCAUGUCGGCAUAAUUGCUCUUCAGCUAGCUCUUGCAAAAAUAUCUUUUGGGGGAAGCAGCAGGUGGAACAUUUUUCAGUAAUCUGGAUUAGGUAACAGUUACGCAGGUUGACAAAUAUGUGACUGGAUAGUGACAGAUAGCUGGGAACAGGAAGGAUAAAAGUUAAGCUGUUGCAAAUGUGAUGCAAGACUUACUUAGUAUAGCUGAAUGCCUCGAGAGUCAUUUUAGGUUGUUUCUGUUAUGAUGCUGCAGUGCCUGCAGUUGUGCUGAGUAAUUGUUCAGUCUUAGGCACGUGAACUAGAUAACUGAACUGAUCUGGGUUUAUUUGGGGGUGGGUAAAACCUACAAACCCAUGGGAAGGUGUGUUUUCUGUGAAUUUCAGGAGUUUGACUUAGUUGAGCAGCCUUGACUUACUGCUCAAGAUGGUGUUGGUGUAGGGCAGGAAUGACAGCCUGGAUGUAGAAACUUCUUAAAAUCAGCUUUUACACCAGAUACAAUGUUUUUAUAGCUGUACCUUUAGCUGAUGAAAUUAGGAAGCUUCUUUCCAUACUGUUGCUGUUUUCAGUGAAAAGAUAGUCCCCCACCAAGACAGUAGCUUAAGGUACUUUGAGUUAGGCUUUUGCUUUCCCCUGUGAGAGGCUAUAUCUGUGUUGUGACAGACCAGCCUUCCAAUAUAGUUGCUUCAAGUACAGUAGUGUAAAUGUCCUUUCUGCUUCAGUAAUCUGGACCAGUAGCUGAAUGAUGUAAUCAAAGCCCUGCAUGGUUUUUUUCCUCAGGCAUGAUAAAUUAGGAAGAACCGCUGUUGUGUGAAGGAAGGCGUAAGAGGGUCGUUGGCUUGCCUUCUUGAGAAAAAAGAGUUUGUUUAGGCAUGAUGAGUUUAACUUCAUUGCUUUGACCAUCCUCUGAAAACCUAUCGGGUUUGCAGGUUGUAGAAUUUGUACAGCUGAAAUCUUCACUUAAGAAGCUGGUCUUGCAGGAGCUAAAAAGGUCCUGUGGGAGAUGUGCAGAUCCUUAGCAGGCUGCUGUUUGCAGUUCAGAGUGCUGUGGUACAGGACAACUGGCGGCAGACAUCAGUGACUGGCUCUGAGGCAUACAAAGCUGCCCAGAUUGGUGACAUCAUGCUGACAGUUUAAUGCUGCAUUGGUUUAACUGUCUUUAGCAGUAGGCAUCAGCUCUGUAUCUGUCUGUCUUCAUCCUUAUCCUGUUGACUGAGGGUUCCAACCUCAUAUUUAGGGUUAGUUAUUGUACCUUUUGCUAGCCAUUCCUACUUUAAAAAAAGUGAAUGAAAGCUUGUGUAAAUUUGUCCUCAUUUUCUGUCAGAGACCUAGUUAGCAGUUCAACUGUAUUCAAAGAUGAAAAUAAACACAAAGAGCAAAUGAGAGCACUGGACAUUAUGAAUUGCAAUGGUAUUGCUAAACACUUUGAUCUGUCACAAAUUCUGAUCAUAUAAUUUUAAAGACAAAUAAGAUGCAUCAAAUCUAAUAAAGGGAAAAUUUGUGCAAGAAUGGGAAUGGCCUAGAUGACCAUCUGAGAUCCCUUCUAACCUGAAUUAUCCUAUGAUUUGUAAAUAUAGAAAAUCUUGAAUGUUUGUGAUCAGUGGUGUGGGUUGUUUUUUUUUUUUUUUCAAAAUGAGCC